GACCUCAAAGCACAAAAGGGAAAUCCACCUGGUAGUUGCAAGUUAAGCGCAGCUGCUAUUGCACAUUGAGUCUUGUGCUCAACAACAGUACUGAAAUUCCUUCUUUGGUUCUUGGCCAGUUUUUCCUGAGGUUUCCUUUUUAUUUCUAGAGACAUUAUCAUCUGCUUUGCCUGCACUAAAUGCGUUCAACUAAAGAAUUUGUAUUAUGUCGCUUUUGUGGAUUUUAGACAACCAUAGAUUUAUUUACUUUUUAAGGACUCAGUGGCAAUGAUUAGAAUUUCUUGAAGUCGAUUUCUCCCUUAUUUUAAAUCGAGGACAUUUUUCCAAUAGACUCAUUGGCAUGGCUUAAAAUUUCAUAGAUGUCAUUUCCCCCUUAUUUUCAUUUGUUUCUAUUGAAAUUAAUUAUUGGGAUCAUCUAAAAUGAUUUCUUUAAUCGGCUAACCCCCUCAAAUCAUCCGGAGCGUGUCAAGGUUUGUUCAACCUUGAUUUGCCCUUGUGGUUGUGCGGUGCAGCGUGCACGCGUGCUUAAUGUAGUUGGACGGCGCGUUCAGGGCGGUGGCCGCGCUUGAAUGAGUGAUGGGUAGCUUUUUAAAGGUCUGGUAGGCGGCGCGUGUGCUGUAUUUACACCAGGCUCGCUCCCGCUCCGCCCUGCACGCCGCUCACAGAAAACUGAUGGUGGGCCCCUGGAGGAGGCGAGACAAGUGCAAACGGGGAUGUAAGCAAGAUCGUCCGGCUCCACUGCCUCCCCUGGCUCGACUGUAGCAUCCUCCUCCUCUUCUUCCUAUUUUCGGCGUACUCAAACGGAGCUCGGUCCAAGUCUUUGUUUUCUCUCUCCCCCCUUUUGGGAGCUCCAUGACUGCGACACUGGCGAUGAGCGGAGGCGGCGGCGGCUUGCACGAGGAGCCCUUCUACCCGUUGCACAAGGCAGGAUUCCACUUCCACCUGGAGGACUUAGGCUUGGAGUUUAAGAUGAGCGACUCGGACAGAAGCGGUGUAAGCGUCUACACACAGGCAAAGUGUGAGAUGGACCGCUAUCUCUCCCCGGAGCCGCUCGCAGACGCUCAGAAGUCCCAAAGAGACUGCGCCUCAGAGGUGGAUCACUUCUUCGGGGAGGCACCGUACACCCUCAACAUGAAUCUCUUCCUGCCUGACGUGGCCUACCCGAGGUCGGGCUUGGCUCAGCCGCCGCGGCCCCCUCAGUCCCACGGGGACCUCGUGCAGAUCAAGACGGAAUCGGCGGCGCCGUGUUUCUCUCAGAACCUCCAUGUGGCCACGGGUAGCUGCGGCGCCAUGGAAACUAACCUUGCGGGCUUGCCUGACUUCACCAGCGCUUUCAAUCAGCCUGGUGGAGAGGCAGUGCCGGAGGUGUUCAUCAAACAGGAGAUGACGUCGCCGUUCGAGCAGCAGCUCCACCAGCAUGACGGCGGCGCCUCGCUCUUCCAGCUGCUGAUCUCCGGCUUGGAGCAUCACCAUGGCGACGGCAUGGAGGCUCACCACCAUCAUCCCGACCCUCAACAGCAGCAGCAGCAGCACUCCUCCGCCGUCCACACGUCCUUCCGUAGUCCCCAACAAGAGCAGACUGCUAAGUCUUCCUUCUGCGCCGGGCCCUCGUACUCUCGCCCGCCCAGCCACUUUUUCCAGCAGCAGGCGCCCUACCUGCCACCCUCGCCACCCAGCUCCGAGCCGGGCAGCCCCGACAGGCAGAAGGAGCUCCUCCACACCAUGUCGCCGCCGCCCUCAUACGCGGCCUCCAUCGCCUCCAAGCUGGCGGGCGGCGCCCCAGGACUGGCGGGCGACCCCCUGGCGCCGCCGCUGGCUUCAGGUGCUGCUCCCGCCGUCACAGGGCAGGCAGCGCCACUGCCUCACGCCCCCGUGGCCACGCAGGCCCUGACAGCCGCCCGCUACAACCGCAGGAACAACCCGGACUUGGAGAAGCGGCGGAUCCACCACUGUGAUUAUCCAGGCUGCAAGAAGGUCUACACCAAGUCGUCCCAUCUGAAAGCCCACCUCAGGACCCACACGGGUGAGAAGCCGUACCACUGCACGUGGGACAGCUGCGACUGGCGAUUCGCCCGCUCGGACGAGCUGACGCGCCAUUACCGCAAGCACACGGGCGCCAAGCCCUUCCAGUGCGCCGUGUGCUCGCGCUCCUUCUCCCGCUCGGACCACCUGGCCCUGCACAUGAAGAGGCACCAGAACUAACACUUGACCACCAAAGCACUCGCUCAUGCCGCCAUUUUUUUUCCUUGUUGUUUUUCUAUGUUUUGGGGGGGGGUUCUUGUUUUUUGUCGUCCCUCCGCUGACGGGGAGCAAAGUCUGACCGACUCCCACGGGAGCAACUGGAAGCUUCAGAUACACUCGAAAGAAAAAAAAUUUUGCAGCCCUUUGAUGAGUGGAAUGAUAGCACUUAACCCGCCGCCGCGUGUUAGCGUGAGGUUCGACCUGCGCGGAGUUUGCGUGUUCUCCGGGUACUCGGGGUUCCCACAUUCCAAAAAGAUGCACGUUAGCUUCAUUGAAGACUCUAAAUUGGCCUCAGUUGUGAGUGUGACUGCUUGUUUUUCCACGACGGAUGAAAUUUUAGGAUGAAGCGAAAAUGCAGUCAAACCUUUACAAGUGAACUUGGUUUUGAAAUCCAAACUUCGGAGCCCCCAAUGCACCAUUUGGGUCAGUAUGUUAUUCAAGCAGUCGUCUUCGGCACGUCGGAGAUGGGCGUCAUUCCAAACAGUUGGAAUAGUCCAUCUCGAAGGGGGAGCGCUUGAAAGCAUCAUGAUGAAGUCAAGCACUUGGAAAUUCGACCAAAAAACGAGUAAUUAUUUUAAAUCAGUUUUGAUGAGACGUUUGAGGGCCCCUUGGAAAUCUCCAACUGCCGGGCAAUUGUUUAAUGAUUGAAUGUUUAAAGAAGACUUGUAAAGUUUUCUCAAGUUCAUCUGUAAAGGACAUUUCGGGUUCAUCGUUUGUAUAAAUGGAUGAAUGAAUGUGUGAAACUAGUCAAGCCAAAUCCUAUUUCGUUACUUCCUCGAACUGGAAAAUCCAGAUUGUGCUUUUUCUUUUUUGUUUGUUCAACAGCCAUAUUCUUUGGUUUGCACUAAAAAAAUAUAUAUAUUGCUAAUGCGGACAGACAAGCGAGUGAGUAAAAACUACACCGCUGGACGAUCAGUGCGUCGGGAGAUGGAAGGAAAGGAAAAAAGGGGCGGACACAUAGAAGGAUUUUUUUUUUUAAUUCAGCAAGGGGGAGGUUGCCAAAGAGCAGCAAUUAGCUGAUCAAUUAUUCAUUUUGUCUUUUAGCAAAGCAGACACAAACACGAGCAGCUUGAAAAACACUCUCAACUUCUUCUAUUUUUUCUUUUGCCGUGCAUCUUCCCGGCUUUUUUUUUUUUUUUUUUUUUAAACAAAGCCCGUCGUCAUCUCCACCUUUCUUCAAAGUGCCUAAAUCUCAUCUGCUUGUGUUGACUUGAAGGUAGCAGCGCUGUGUUGCACUGAGACUUUCAAACAAUCGCUAUCGGUGCUGGUUUUGGGUUGGUUUUUAAUCUUUGUCACAACAACAAGAAAAAAAAAAGUUUCCUCAGCUCACAUGCAAAUCGGUCCAAAGUUUUUGUGUGUUUGUGUUGAGCCACAGUUGGUAGCAUUCAGAGAAUCGCAUUGUCAAGGGAAAUAUCAUGCUCGGUCUGACUAUUUAUUUGUGGGCUUGCUAUCACGUUGCCCGUCUUAUUUGGCCCCAGCAAAAAUGCCUUAAUGUAAAUAUAUAGUGAUGCACUGUAAAUAUUUUUUUUUUUAGGUUUUUUUUGUAAACAAAGGGGCAAAAAAAAAUAGGAAGUCGCCCCGCUUUCAAAAUUGUUUUCAUGUUAAUUUUUGUCAUGCAAAUUGUUUUGUUUUCGGGAUGUAUUUUUUUUCUUUUUUUUUCUCUUGUUCUUUUAACUUUCCAAAGACAAAAGUUGUUUUUCUUCAACUGAGUGAAACUUAAUAAAAAGAAGACAAGAAACCAACUGACA